ACCCAUUGGCCCUUGUAUGCUCUCGACUGGGGUGCUGUUGGCGAGUCUCAGGUUGUGGCCCUAUCUAGCUAUCGCGAGGACUCUGCAAACAAAAUCAUGGUGCUUCAUGGCUUUCCAACCGAAAAGCCUUUGUCUUCCAGCAGCGGUAGUAGCAGCGGCAAUUUAAGCAUAAAUCUGAGCUUUAAUGAAAUUCAGAGAAAAUCCAGCAGAGAAAGCGACGACGAUGAGGAUGCAAAACAUUGGGGUUAUGAAUUCUUUGAAAUUGCUGAGAUCAAAGUCAAUUACCCAUGCACAAAAAUACAAUGGGAUCCUAUAAUAAAAGCCGGUGGAAAUUUGGGAUCUGGCUCUCCAACAGGUGCCAGUUGCGAAAGGUUUGCGAGCUGUGGAAACAGUCUUAAAAUCUGGGAAGUUCACAUGAAUUCUAACGAUCCAAACGUCAUUUGUGAGAAACUAAGUUUACCGAGAUCAAGUAAACCCAAUGUUGAUAUUGAUGUUCAUUCAUUGGCUCCAUUGACCUCCCUUGAUUGGAAUAAAAUUGAUACAAAUAUGAUAAUAACCUCAUCAAUUGACACUACAUGCACAGUUUGGGAUUUAAAUCAAGGUGUAGCAAAGACUCAAUUAAUUGCUCAUGACAGCGAAGUCUUUGAUGUCCAAUUUGUUGCAGGCUCAAAAGACAUUUUCACUUCUGUUGGAAAUGAUGGUUCAAUGAGAAUAUUCGACCUAAGAUCUUUGAAACAUUCAACAAUAAUUUACGAGCCAUUACCUUCAGCUCCUAAUGCCUCAAUGACCUCUAGUCAGUCCCAAUUAAAUUACCCUCUAUUAAGAGUCGCCACAAGUAAUAUUGAUGAAGAUAUAAUAGCAGCAAUUGCUGCCAAUUCUUCCUCAAUUAUAAUAGUUGAUCGAAGAUACCCCGGCUUACCAUUAUUAACACUCGAAGGACAUGAUCGCCCUGUGAACUCAAUUAAAUGGCAUCCAACUAAACAGGUCUUAUUAUCGGGUUCAGAUGAUUGUCAAGCGUUUAUUUGGGAUUUAUCCAGUGGUGAAAAAUCUCUAAUUAGAAGCCAACAUUUUCAACAAUACUGCGAAAAUAAAUGGAUCAAUGGCACAAAUUCAACAAUUAAAAACAAUGUAAUUAUUUGUCCAUCGGCAGCUCAUGGAGAAAACUAUGAAAUUAAUAAUGUUAGUUGGAACGUUACAGGCGACUGGUUUGGCUUGGUUUGUGGGAAAGAAUUUCAAGGUGUUAAAAUAAAAUUAUGAAUUUACGAAUUGUCAUUUUUCUUUCGUUUCUUUUCUUUUUUUUCUUUUUUCUUUUUUCUUUUUUC